UUGGUUUUGUUUUGGCUUGGCGACUGGUUGGAGCUACGCGUUACACGUUGUUAUUAAACGUUUGUCUCACGUUCCGUGUUGCUGUUCGGUGACGUGAAAUCUUUCGAGGUCUGAUUUCAUACUUCGACCUAACUCGUACUUUGUUUUUUUUGAUCGUAGAGUUCCGUUUAAUCGCAGAUUAUCAUUUGUAUAGUCAGAUGAAAGAAGGCUCGUCUCGGACCGCACACAAGCCGCUCGUCGAAAAGCAACAACAUGGCCAUCUCCAUCGCAGUCCUCGACUGUGAUCUUCUGUUGCAUGGCCGAGGUCACAAGACGAUGGACCGCUUUGACCUCGACUCUGUAUCCGAUGACUUUCUUCUGACACAGUUUGGCUUCCCCAGAGACUUCAUCCUUUAUCUGGUGGAACUGCUGCGAGAGUCUCUCUGCAGACGGACGCAGCGGUCCAGAGCCAUCAGUGCCGAGGUCCAAGUGUUAGCUGCUCUGGGCUUCUACACUUCAGGGUCUUUCCAGACAUCAAUGGGAGACACGAUCGGGAUCAGCCAGGCUUCCAUGUCUCGAUGUGUUUCCAACGUGACCAAAGCGCUGGUGGAGAAAGCGCCGCAGUUUAUCACCUUCACUGUUGAUCCGCCCAGCAGAGAGCAAUCCUCACUGGAGUUCCAGAAGAUGGCAGGCUUCCCUGGAGUUGUUGGUGUGCUGGACUGUGUUCAGGUGGCCAUCAAAGCUCCCAACAGCGACGACCCGUCCUACGUGAACAAGAAGGGCUUUCACUCCGUGGGCUGUCAGCUGGUCUGUGACGCUCGAGGGCUGUUGCUCAGUGCAGAGACACACUGGCCCGGCGGCUUAAAAGAUAUCGAGGUUCUGGAAAAAUCAGCUGUGUUCAAGAGGGUGCAGGAGCUGGAGGAGGGCUGGCUGCUAGGUGACUGCCGUUAUCCUUUAAGGAAGUGGAUGAUGACUCCCUUGGACUGUCCGGAAUCGCCGGCAGAGUUUGGAUACAACCUUGCUCAUGCCGCCACCCACGAGAUCGUGGACAGAACUUUCCGCGCCAUACAGACCAGGUUCAGGUGUUUGGAUGGGACGAAAGGAUGUCUACAGUACUCUCCAGAAAGGAGUUCGUCCAUCCUGCUGGCCUGCUGCGUCCUUCAUAACGCCUCGCUCCAGUCUGGCUUGGACGCCUGGACGCUGGAGAGGACUGACCCUCCCGAGCAGCCGGAGAGUCUCAUUCAGAAGCCGGAGGACCGAGACUGCCAGGCGGAGGACCUGCGGAGACAGCUGAUACUCAAACACUUCAGCUGAAACGUCACCAGUCAGGCGGAACACAAAGAUGCUGAUGCAGUUUUUUUAUUUAGUUGCUGUAU